CAUUAAGGACGUACAUAUUAUCGUUCAUCGCACAUAUAUCGCGUAGAUAAAGUGUUUCUCCGCUCAGAUGCGUACGAGACGCGCGAGUGUAACCACUACAGAUCACUACUCUGUAAUCCUUUCUCCAACGUGUAGUACAAGACAUACGUGGCCACCACACAUUUUAAUUGAAGAGUACCUAAAAGUGAGAAAAAAAUGACCGAUAUCAAUCCGGAAAUUCUAAAGGUAUUCGGGUUCUGGGGCAGUAUAUUGGUCCUAAAAUUACUAGCAAUGGUGCCAUUAACUGUACGUCAACGAUAUCGCAAACAGGUAUUUGCUAAUGCCGUCGAUUUUGCCCCGUCAUCAAAAGCGAAGGUGGCAUUCGAUGAUCCGGAUGUAGAGCGUGUAAGAAGAUCUCACUUAAACGAUUUGGAGAACGUUGUGCCGUGGUUCAUAAUGACGUACAUCUGGCUGAGCACUGGACCUUCGAUACUAUUGGCGAAGGUGCUGAUACGAACCUUCGUACUUUCUCGAAUAAUCCAUACUCUGUCGUAUGCGGUUAUGUCACAACAACCCACAAGAGGUAUAGCUUUCUUCGUUGGAUACGGUAUUAUCUGCUUUGAGGCGAUUGCGUCGCUAUUACAUUACUUGUAAUUUUUCCGUGCAACUAUUCAACAGAAGAUGGUAUAAUGAACUUAGCAGGUUGAACAGAAAUAGUGGGAUUUACAUAUGGAAUCAAGAAUGAAAUUAUUACUCCUCGCAGGCUUAUAGACGAAGUUUGUAAUUAAUAAAAUCGUAUCUUUAACGAUUUUUUUACAAAUGUAAUAUUUCAAAGUAUACAUAUAAUCAUACAUGUAUGUUUUUUUAAUAUACGUAAAUAUACUGAUAUUCAGAUAUUGAAACGAA